AUGGGCUGCAAUUUGUGCACCUUGCAGAAACGGGAGGAACACUACAAACUGCUAUAUGAGAUCGCACAGACAGUAUGUCCAAGUGAAAGUUCAGUUGCCAAAUCUCUGUCAAGUGAUACAAGCAACGUUUCAAUUGCAGUAUACUCAAAUCGUGAUGAGGCUCUAUCUGCUGUUUGCUUCCUCCAGGUGAACGGGCGUGACUUCUCCAAGGUUGAACAUGAUGAGGCAGUGGUGGAGGCCAUUAGGCGAGACCCCAUUGUUGUCCAGGUUAUCCGGCGAACCCCCACCAGAGGCAUGACUGCUGUAGCACACAACCACAGUGGCACACCACAGGAAGUGUGUGUGGUGGACGUAUGCACGCAAACGGAUAUCACCUUCGAGCACAUCAUGGCACUGGCAAAGCUUCGGCCAGAGACCCCACCCGUCCCUGACAUCUGUCCUUUCCUUUUGUCUGACAGCUGUCAUUCGAUCCACACCAUGGAACAUGAAUUUUAUGAAUGUCCAGAGUACCUGUCCAAUACCCCAGCAGAAGUGGAGAGGACUGAAGAGUAUGAGUAUGAGGAGGUGGAGCUGUGUAGGCAGAACAGCCAGGAGAAGCUGGGCCUGACGCUGUGCUACAGGACUGACGAUGAGGAGGACACUGCCAUCUAUGUCAGCCAGGUGGAGCCAAACAGUAUAGCAGCAAGAGAUGGACGCAUCAAGGAGGGAGAUCGUAUUCUACAGAUAAAUGGCUGUGAAGUGCAAGACAGAGAGAAGGCUGUUGCCUUGUUGUCAAGUGAAGAUGCAAGGAGCAUCAUACUACUGGUGACAAGGCCAGAAAUGCAGCUGGAGGAGGAGGUAUGGCUUGAUGACGAACAACAGGAACUUGUGGAGGAACUGAAGAUGGAGAUCCUGGAGGAGAGGAGGAAGCAGAAGGAACAUAACUUUGACAGGCAAGAUGAGAAUCAAGCUGAAGAAGAGAUGACAACAGACACUGCUACCUGUUCAUCCAACAAUCAAGACAAAGACAGUGGGUUUGGACGUAGUACAGACAGUCCAGAGCACCAGCCCCUGCUGGCCAGACUCCACAGGAGGAGUCCAGCACAUUGCCUUAGAGAAAGAUGGCGGGCAGAUCAUCCACACACGAGGCGAGGGGCUGUAAUGCCACAGGACACCCAGAGUCAAAGGACAUUGUCCAAAGGCCAGGGCCAUGAAGGUGUAGUGAGUAUUCGCAAUAGUGGAGGUGGGAUCCUAGGUUUAGAGAAUCGCUUCCAGCAACUUCUGGAGCUCAAGUGUCAAAUCCGGAAUGGAGGCGAGUGCGGGGUGUACUCCAUUCGACACAGUAUAGAGUGUAGCCUUACAGAGCAAGGAGGGGGGGAUGGAGAUGCCAUAGAUGGUGUUGGAGGAGGGGGAGGGGUGGAGCAGGAGUUGAGGAUGCUAAAUGAGGAACUGCGCAGCAUUGAGCUGGAGUGCCAGAGCAUCAUGCAGGCCCAUCAGCUCCGCCAGAGCCACCAGCUGGACCCCUCACAGCCCGCGUCCUGCACACCAGUACGGAGCCCCAAGGACGGACACAAGCGGCACGGCAGGCUUGCCGACAUCCACGAACACCCAGAGAGGUCGGACAGCGAUAAGAUCCGAGAGAAGGACAGCUCCAGUGCCUACAACACUGCGGAGAGUGCACGGUCAACGCCGCUAGGUAUGGAGAGAUCUCCUGACCACUCCCUGCAGAGACACAUCAGCAUCACCAACCAGAAAAACCUCAGACUGGCCUCAGCCGCACCCUCCAGCCCCAUCCCUAUCCCCAAGCCACAGGGCACACCCAGCCAUGGCAGACCAGCAGACCCAGGCCCUGUUAUCUCCAGCAGCCCAGACCAGAGUAACCCUUCCCGGUCUGAGUCGGACCCUGCCCUACCUGCAGACGAUGAGAGGUGUGAGAAAAAAGGGAGGUCCAGAGAUUCAAGAAGAGGGCUUCCCUAUCCCUCUUCAUACCAAACAACCCCAUAUCAAGGCCAGGGAGGAUCCAGGCAACUUCAGAGCUACAUGCAACUGCUACAACAGCACUCAUCCCUGGAGUAUUCCCAGAGCCAGCUGAGUCUGCUCAGUGUCUGUCGAGAUCCCAUGCACCGUAACGGGCGCCCUGGGGAACCCCGUCUAGAGUGGAAGGUCAAGGUUCGCGCUGACGGCACACGCUACGUGGCCCGGAGGCCUGCUCGCGACCGCAUCCUGAGGGAGCGGGCGCUACGAAUCCGAGAGGAGAGGAGUGGAGGCAUGACCACAGAUGACGAUGCUAUGAGUGAAAUGAAGAUGGGCCGCUACUGGAGCAAAGAGGAGAGGAAGCAGCACUUGGCACGGGCCAGGGAGCAAAGGAAGAGGAGGGAGUUCAUGCAGAAGAGCCGUCUUGAGUGUUUAAAGGAGGGACCAGCUAGUGGAGCUGAGGGCAGGAAGGAGAUUAACAUCUUGGAGCUUAGUCACAAAAAGAUGAUGAAGAAACGUAACAAAAAGAUCCUGGACAACUGGAUGACCAUCCAGGAGUUGAUGAGCCAUGGGGCAAGAGUUCCUGAGGGCUCAAAAGUACAUAAUGCCUUUCUUUCUGUCACGACUGUCUAGCGGACGCAUACAGUACAGCAUAUUUUUAAGUACUGUACACGUUUAUAUCAGGUAGCCUGUGUUUCAGGAACUACUGCUUUGUUUAAAAAAAAGUGUCAGUUUGUGAAAUUUAAAAAUGUCACUGCUGAGGACUUGUAGCAUUCCUCUCCACUUGAAGAAUGAUAAUCUCUUUAAAUGAUUCUCAGACUAUAUACAAGAGCUCAGCCAUUCAAAACAUGACUUUUUACUGUGUUUUUACAUUGGCUUUUCGUAAUGCGCUGGAUUCUGAUGGCAGAUGAGUUUGGUUAGCAUGUUGGUUUAGAUAGAUCCAAGCAAAAGUAAUGAACCAACCUGAUUACUUCAUGUAUACUAUGUAUUGUGUCUCCAUACUCUCCAUUCUUCUGUUUCAUUGCAUAUGAAGCAACUUCACUUGCCUCGUUCAAGGUGGCAUUUUUUAUAAUGGGGAAAAUACAAUAUUUUUCACACUUUGUAAACUCAGUAAUUUUUGUAAGGGACUUUUUACACUGAAUGUCGAUGUAUUGUUAACAUUUUAUUGUAAUUUCCUAUUCAUGUUUGUACCACCAAACCAUCAAGGUCGAGUGGUGACGCUAUUUGAUUGUACUGUAGCCCAUACUGUAUGCCAGAGCAGCAUGGAGAGGAAUGAGAAACUUUGUGCAAUUCUAGGAGGACAACACAUCCUCCAUCUCAUAAAACACCCUCCUUUCAUCUUGUUUAUAAUGUCACUUGAGUCAGUUGUCAGAAAAACUUAAAAGCACUCAAUUAAAAGCACUGAAAAUAUCAAUGCGCCUUCUCAAAGGCUCAUAUUAUUCAUGAGCUUGGAAGGCUUUUUUUUAAACAGUUUUACCUCAACUUACGAUAUUGGCUAAUUGAAUCACUGGAACCCUUAAGUCAACCCCAAACCCUUAAACCAUAAACGUGUGAAUUAUGUUAAAAAUGUUAAAUAGAUUCAUAUUUAUAUUGUUUACUGUUAUUUCUAUUUAUUGUAAAUUUUUAUGGUCCAUCUGAUAAAUGUUUCACAUUAUGUGGCUACCCUUUAAAGGCCAACACAUUUCAAGGUGUUGUCAAUAAAAUGUUUUCAAC